AUGGCGAACCCUUUCGCCCCGGCGGGGGGCUCUCCGUUUGGCGCGGCGCAGCCGGCGUCCCCUUUCGGCGCCUCGUCCGCCUUCGGCGCGUCCGCAACUCCCGCCAGUCCGUUCGGCCAGGCGGGCACAUCACUCUUCGGCGGAGGGGCGGCAACAGGAAGCGUGUUCGGCGCGACUUCUGCGCCCGCCUUCGGCGCGACGUCCGCGCCUGCUUUCGGCGCAGCGGCGUCGACUCCAGCGUUUGGGUCCACGGCUUCACCUUUUGGCGGCGGCUCGUCGCUGUUCGGGCAGCAGCAGAAGCCAGCAGCGUUCGGCACGUUUGGGCAAACCCAGGCCAAUCCCUUCGGCGCGCCCGCUUUCGGCCAACAGUCCCAGCCGGCGUUCGGAGCAGGCGGGGCGUUCGGCUCCACCGCCACCACGCCUACCUUCGGCGCCGCCACUGGCGCCGCGCCCGCGUUCGGCGCCGCCGCUCCCGCGUUCGGCGCGUCCCCGCCCGCGUUCGGCGCGACGGCGACGACGCCCGCGUUCGGCGCGGCGAGCGCGCCGGCGUUCGGGGCGACGGGGGGGCUGUUCGGGUCGACUGGCACGUCCGCGUUCGGCGCUGCGUCCGCGCCUGCUUUCGGCAGCCUCUCAUCCCCCAGCUUCGGAGCAUCAGCGCCUGCGUUCGGAGCAACCACGUUCGGAGCCACACCCUUCGGAGCAGCAGCCGCGGCAGGCACAGGCAGCAGAAACCCCGCUUACACGCCCACCAACGACACAGAAACCGGCACAGCGGGCCAGCUCGGCAAAUUCAUCUCCAUAUCAGCCAUGCCCGCCUACAAAGCCAAGAGCCCAGAGGAGCUCCGCUGGGAGGAUUAUCAGAGGGGAGACAAGGGCGGGCCGGCACCAGCACAGGCAGGAGGAGGCCUCUUCGGCCAGCCAGCAGCAGCAGCGUCUCCGUUUGGUGCAGCUGCUGCUGCCCCGGCGUUUGGCUCCACAGCUGCCAACCCGUUCGGCCAGGCGUCCACGCCGAGCCUGUUCGGCUCGGCGGCUCCGGCGUUUGGCGCGGCCGCGCCUGGCGCCACGCCCGCGUUCGGCGCGUCAACUUCCCCGUCCCUCUUCGGCUCGUCAACCCCGGCCUUCGGCGCUGCAUCCUCCCCGGCCUUCGGAGCCACGGGAGGGUCUCUGUUCGGCGCUGCUGGCGCCACUGCGAGCAGCCCGUUCGGAGCUGCAGCAUCAACCCCGUCGCUCUUCGGCUCGCCUGCUGCUGCCACCGCCUCCCCCUUUGGCGCGUCCACCGGCGCGUCUCUUUUCGGAGGGACCUCGCCUUUGGGGCAAGCAGGCGCGGCGGGACAGCCUGGGGCUUCACUCUUCGGUGCCUCGUCUCCCGCCUUUGGUGCCAGCGCGUUUGGGACUCCCGGCGCUGCUGCUGCUACCCCGGCGUUUGGUGCCACGCCGUCACUGUUUGGGACCGGGGCAGCAACGGGAGGAGGGCUGUUUGGAAGCUCCACGCCUGCUGCGGGCUCGACUGGGCUUGGGUUCGGGUUUGGCACGGCCGGAGCUGCUGGUUCGGCGCCAGGGUUUGGUGCGGCAGGGGGGAGCCUGUUUGGAGGGGCGGCAGGAGCGGGCGGCACGACUGGUGCGGGGUUGUUUGGCACAUCCACUGGUUCGGCGUUUGGGUUUGGAGGAGCGUUCCAGACCAAACCGGCUGGUCUCACUCAGUCCUCGGCGCUCCCCUCGUUCGGAGGGCUCGGGGCAUCCACAACCACGCCUGCCUUCGGAACAUCCCAGCCUGCCUUCGGUGGUGGGCUAUUCGGCUCCACCCCUCAGCUCGGCUCCUCUGCCUUCGGCGCCUCCCUUGGAGCGACCGCCACAGGAGGCCUGUUUGGCCAGUCGCAGCAGCAGCAACAGCAGCAACAAAUGCAGCUUCAGCAGCAACAGCAACAGCAGCUGUUGCAGCAGCUGCAGCAGUCGGGGCUGCUCCAGUCGCCCUUUGGUGUGCUGCCUGCCAUGCCCAACUUCGGCCUUGGUGCUGCAGGAGGGGUUAGAGCCAGCACAGAGCUUGGCAUUUCCAGCAUGCCUGCAUCGGACCGCUAUGCAUCAGGCACGCGCGUCUCCUCCAUCCUCACGCCCCGUCGCAUCACCCCGCGCACCCGUGCGCGCAUGCACCACCCCGCCACGCGCCAUUUCCACCCCGGGCGCGACACUGCCCGCGUGCCGUUCUUCUUCUCCUCGCCCUUCGACCACGACGACCUCUCCCCCGCCGUGCCGCGUGCCGACGCCCUCUUUGUCCCCCGCGACAACCCCCGCGCCCUCUUCAUCCGCCACCCUGUCGCCCCUGCUGCUGACACCGCUGCUGCUGGUGCUGCUGGUGGCGCUGACGCGAGCCCGAAUGGAAAGAGCCCUGCUGCUGCUGCUGGAGGGACGCCGGGCAAGUCAGGGUCUCCUCAGGGAUCAGACUACCAGUCGCCUCCUUCAGGGGUCUCUCCCCGGGAUGCCUUCUAUGCUCCUUCCGCUCCUCCCUACGAUUCCUCCGAUCUGAAUGGCAAUGGGGGCUCGCAGUCCCCCAGGAGCCCCUCUGCUGCCCGCGCUGGCGCCACAGGCGGAGGGUUUGGGUCCGCCAUGCCGUCCCCCACUCUCUCCCCCGCCUGGAACGGCUCCUUCUCUCCUCCCUCCCCCUCUCGCGCCACCGGCACCGGUGCGAAAGGUCCCGGGAUCGAAUCCCAGCUGCCGCGAUUAAAAUCCGCGGAUUAUUUCACCGAGCCGUCGCUGUCUGCUCUAGCUGCCCUGGAGCGCUCGCUCCCGGGGUCGCUGGCGCGGGUGCGGGAUUUCGUGGUGGGGAGAAAGGGGUUCGGGAGCGUGCGGUUUCUGGGCGAGACGGACGUGAGGGGGCUGGAUGUGGAGGGGAUAGUGCAGUUUCACAAGUGCGAGAUUCUGGUGUAUAUGGAUGAAGAGAGCAAGCCGCCGGUGGGGGAGGAGCUGAAUAAGCCUGCGGAGGUGACGCUGCUGCAGGUGGUGUGCGUCGAUAAGAAGACCAGCAAGGCGCAGGUGACGGAGGGCCCGGAGGUGGAGCGGUUUGAGCGCAAGCUGAGGCGCAAGACAGCGGAGCAGGAGGCGGAGUUCCUGUCGUUCAAUGCGGCCAAGGGCGAGUGGCGCUUCAAGGUGCAACACUUCAGCCGGUACGGCCUGGAGGACUCAGAUGAUGAUGAGGAGGAGGAGGAAAGGGGAAGGGGGAGAGGAGAAGGCGAGGAGGAUGGGAGAGAGGAUGAUGGGGAGUUGGGAGAGGAGGAGUAUGAGACUGACGAGGGUCUGAGUGGCGAUGGUGAUGCUGAUGCUGAUGCUGCUGAUGAUGGUAAUGGUGGUGGUCGUGGGAGGGUGUCAGUGCCACCUGGCGGCGUGUCACUGGACCGGGCGCUGCCAGCUCAGCUGGGGAUCGACCCAAUCAGGCUGCAGCAGAUGCGCCAGGUCAUGUUCGGCCGCAGUGCCACUGAGGAAGAUAAUGAUGGGGAGGGGUACAAUGGUGGGUUUGGGAGCGGGAUGGGUUUUACCAGUGCCAAGAGAAAGCAAGGAGGGUUGGGGGCGGAAGCAAUGGAUUCCGACUGGCAGGGCUGGGGUCCAGGGAAGGCUCCUAGGUUCGGCAUGCUAGGAGCGGCCGCUGCCGCUGCCACUGCCGCCAGUGCUGCGGCCGCAGCUGCCGCAGCUGCUAGUGGUGGUGCUGCCAGUGGUGCUGCUAUGGCUAGAAAGCCAGCCGAUCCUUGGUCCAACCCAUGGGCAGCUGGAUUUAGGGGAAACAGGAGGGCAGGCGGGCGGGGAGCACAGAAGCCGACCUCCUUUCUAGCAGGCAGCAGGGCAGGCAUCAGGGUUUUCCCAGAGUUUGAGGCAGGUGCACCAGGCGUAGGAGCAGCAGGAGCAGGAGGAGCAGGAGCGGGAGGGGCGAGUGCUGUGCUUGUCUCAGGGCUGCAAGGCCGAGUGCAUGCGCAUGUGCACCCUGGUGCUGUUGCCGCGGCAGGAUUCGAAUGGACCAUCCCAAACGCGUUGCCUGGAAAAGGAACAGGAACCACAGCAGGGGGAGCAGCAGGGGCAGCGGCGGGAGCAACAGCGGUGGCGCAGGCAGUGGCGGCGGUGGCGGUGGUGGCGACGGUGCCAGGGGAGGGGAGCAGCGGCGUGGCAGUGGAUGCAGGGCUGUUCCUCGGCCGCUCCUUUCGUGUAGGCUGGGGGCCGGGCGGAGUGCUGGUGACUCCAGGCAGGGUGCUGCCUGCUGGAGCCUUUGCUGCUGGAAGCAUUGCUGCUGGUAACCGCGGUGCAGCAGAUGUGACAGAUGUGACUCCCAUCUCGUCCAAGAUCACUGUCACUCAGGUGGCCUUCUCCCCCUGGUCCUCCCUUCCCCCUCCUCCUGCUUCUUUCGUCUCUCCUCUACUUUCCAGUCCCCUUAAGUCCCUCAGUCCAGGGGGGGCAGGGAGGGACGGCGAGUUGUCAGAAGCAGAAGCAGAGAGGGGUGCAGCGGAACGGGAGCGGCUGCAGCAGCUGCUGUUGAUUGAGCCGCUGCUGCUGCACUUCCAGUCGAGUAGGGUGGUGGGGGGCCGUGGGAGAGGGGGAGAGGGAGUAUGGGGCGCAGGUGGGGAGGAGGGUGAUGGAGAGGUGUUGCAGAGUGAGGAGGAAGAAGAAGAGGAGGGGGAGAAGAGCGGUGAAGAUGAGGAGAUGGAGGGGGGGGAGAAGAAUGGGAGAGAGGGGAGGAGAGAGGAGGGGAGGGAGUGGGUAGGGCGACGGCUGGUGUGCAGUCGGCAGGGUGGCAGUCUGGCCUCUCUGUGUCGCCGCUACAGCUCCCUGGCUGUAGCGGCUGCUGACGCCCUUGCUGCUGCCCGGGCGAAGACUGGGCAGGGGCGGGUUGUAUCUGGGGUGGGUGUAUCUGAGCGGCAGCUGCAGCACGAGCAAGCGGUUUGGCAGCUUGUGGACGUGCUGUUCUCUGAUUGGCAGGGCAGGAGGCGCAGUGACGUCAUGGCGGGGUCUGGAGGUGUGGAGAUGGGUGGGGAGUUCGAGGCAGGUGAUGGUGCUGGGUCAGGUGAAAAGGCAGGUGGUAGUUCAGGUGGAAAAUCAGGUGAUGGGUCGAUGGAGGAGGAGGAGAGGGAUGGGGAGGUGGAGGAUGGGUAUGGGGAGAUGGAGGGGAUGAGUGGUGGUGGGCAGAGAAGUGGGAUGGAGCAAGGGGAGGGGGGGAAGGGGGCGAGAGAGGAAGCAGCGCUGAACAGGCGUUUGUUUGCAGAUGAUGACGUGGAAGAGGAGGAAGGAGGUGCUGCUGCGGCUGGUGUGACUGGUGCGACUGGUGGUAAUAGACAGCCACAGUGGAUUGGGGGACCAGAAACCGCGGAGGAGGAAGAGAAGGGGAGUGAGCAGGAGGAGGAGCAGGGAGGAGUGACCGAGGAGGAGGAGGAGGAGGAGGAGGAGGAGGAGGAGGAGGAGGAGGAGGAGGGGGGUGAUGAGGAUGAGGAGGAGGCAGGGGAGGAGGAGCAGGAGGAGUAUGACGAGGAGACAAUGGAAUUGUUCCGCAGAGCGGAGUUCAACGCGUGGCUGCAGGCCGUGGUGGCACCCGCCAUCGUGCACGAGCUCAACUUCCUCGCUGCCACCGCUGCAAACCCUAGCACCGCACCCAACCCUCUCACUGCCACCAGCACCUUCACGAGCAUCACAGCCACCACCAGCACUGCUACUACUACCACUACUCCUGCUGAAACUGCUGCUGCGCUGCCUCUGCGAGUGGCCUUUACCGCGCUCACGGGGAUGCAGGUGGAGACGGCAGUGGGCGCAGCUGCUCUCACAGGGGACGUGCGUCUUGCCGCCCUGCUCUCCCUCGCCCACUCCGCCCCCGCUGCCACGCGCGCUGAUGCCGCCCGCCAGCUGGCGCUCUGGGAGAGGCUGGCCGGCGGGAAGGGAGAUAGGGAUGGGGGUUCGGGGGAAGAGGCGGUUUCGUUGCAAGAGUUGGCGGAAGGGGCGUUGGUGAGUGUGGAGAGGCUAAGGCUGCUGCGGCUAGUGGCUGGGGAUGUGACUGGGGCGCUGGAGGGUCGGCCUCUGGACUGGAAGAGGCACCUCGGGCUGCUCAUGUGGUUCGGCAUGACCCCGGCCGAACCUCUAGGCUCGGUGAUUGGGGAGUUUAGGAAGAGAGUGAGGGUUGGGAGGGUGCCGAGGGCGAUUCCGUGGUAUGAGGAGACGAUUGGGGUGGAGGGGGGGGAGAGGGCGGAGUGGGAGCGGAUUAGGGGAGGGAUGGGGGGAGGCGAGGGGAAGGGGAAGGUGAAGGGGAAGGGAGAGGGAGAGGAAGAGGUGGAGAAGGGAGGAGUGGAAGAUGUGCUUUAUGGGUUGUUGGCUGUGCACUUGAAAGAGGAGAUGGGGAAAGGGAAGUUGGAGAGCGUCGGUGCUGGUGAUGGUGAUGACGUGGCGGUUGAUGUGGCAGCGAUGCUGAGGUGGCGAUCGUGGACCCGUGAUGCGCUGGACUGCCAUCUGACGUGGCAUCUUCAGAGCGUGCUGCAGGCCAUAGGAGCGCUGAGGGCCAAUGAGGUGCUGCCAGCUGUGCACAUGGACUACGUGGCGCAGCUGCUAGCAGCCAACCAGCCCCACUGGGCGCUCUACUGCCUGCAGCACGUCCCGCCUUCCCGGAGGCUUCCGCGGUGGGCCCUGGAGCGCGCGUUCAGGGAGGUGCUGGCGGUGUCGUGCCCGGUGUGGGCGGCCAGUGAGGAGCAGCGGAGCUUUAUCGAGGGCCAGCUGUUGGUGCCGCGUUCUUGGAUGUGUGCUGCUCAGGCGGUGCACCACCGCUACGAGGGCCGGCGCAACGACGAGCUGCAGUGCCUGCUGGGAAGCUUCCAGUGGGACCGCGCCCACCGCCUCUUCAUGACCCACCUCGCUGCCGCGUGGAUUCUCUCAGAGCGGUGGGCGGAGGUGCAGCAACUGAUGGAGGGGCUGGAGACGCAUGGGGAGGCCAUUUUCGGGUGGAAAGAGGGUGGGCGGCUGCUUUUGGACUACAUGCACCUGUCUGCCGCCCUGGAAGGACAGGCAAUUCUGCCGACGGAAGAACUGACGGUGUCAGUGGCUGACGGGGCGGAGGCGCUGUCGGAGUUCUCCCAGCGCACGGCUCAGUCUCUCCGCACCUUCCCCCACGACGCCGCUCGCCUGCACAUGGUGUAUGCUCGCAUGCUCGAUUCGCUCUCUCGUUCCUUCCUCACCCACACAGCAACAGCCACAGCUGCUGCAAAUGAUGGUGAAGCAGCAGCAGCCGCCUCCGCUGCUCCCCUAGAUGCAGCCCUAGCUACCUCUGCCCUCCCUGCCCUUCCUCGGGAUUCCCGUCUCACUUUCACGCGCGAGGCGGCGUCAGAGCUCGCCAGCUGGCUUGCUGAGGUGGCACCGGUGCAGUAG